CAGCAAUCUAUUUAAAGAUAAUGAAAAAUCCCUCGUCUAUUUUUAGCAUUAAAUGAAAUAGUCAGUAACCGUUAUAGGAAUGUUGAAUUUUUCGGGAUGGGUUCGACCUGGAUGAAUGUGUUCUGUAUUGUUUUAUAUUGUUGGACACUUUUCGGACUGAACCUGUCCACACAACCUGACCCUGGAUUUAAGUUUAAUUGUUGGGAACACACGUGCGCCUUUCCUCAUCAAUAUUGUGACUCGGACGAGAAAAGGUGUUUAUUCUGCUCGGAUGACCUUUGCACAUCACAGGAUUUUCCAUUACAGUGUCGCUCAUAUUGCCAAGGUGAAAAACCAACAGUCACUGCUCUUGAAACGUCAACGAAUUCAACAAAAGGAACAAAUUCUGACAUGUCAGGUGAUAUUGAGACCGUUUUGUGGCUUAUUUUCGUCGUUUUACUCAUCAUUUUGGUCAUCAUUGGGGUACUUGUUUUUAUGUUCUGUCGCUCGAAACUCAAUCUACGAAGAGAAUGUAAAUAUAUAACAAAUCCCACAGAAACCGAGGAAUCAAGACAUUCUAUCGGAAUACAGUCAGGUGAAUAUUAAGUGAAAGCAAUUUUU